CUCCCAAGUCCCUCUCACAUACUAACAGUGACACCAAAGCAACAAACAUUCAUUCCAGGCUGCUCAACAAUACGACUACUUCAGAGCGCACGUCCAUUUUUUUCUAUACAUUCGAUUGCUGAGUAAUUGAUCUGCCUACCUUGGAAAGAGCCAUUGGUUACUUGUCUACGACGCGCCCUUUGAUAUCGGAUGUUCAAGUCCGGCCAACAUCUCUCACCUUCAAAACACUAAACACACUCACAUACUCACUCAAUCACAUAAACGACAAAUAUAUCCAAUCGCCUAAAUGUCAGAUAAACCACUUCCCGCCAAGCGGCGGGGUCGUCCCUCUUCAAACACCCAAGAUGUCGACGAAGCAACUCUCAAGGCCCGUCGCGAGCGUAACCGAGAAGCUCAAAACAUCUUUCGCAGACGUAGACAAGCCGCAGAAGCCGCGCAAGCAAAGCGCGUACGUCGCUUGGAAGAAGUGGUUGAGGAGAUGAGCUCCAUCUUCAUGGCUUUUGUCGACGAGGUGCUAGAGACCGAGGCGGUGCUAAAGAGUCAACCCGUUCUCGUGGGGAGUUUGAGGAGGUCCAUGGCUAGGAUUUUAAAGUUGGCGCAUGAGGUUGUUGGGCCUGAUGAUGGAUGUGAGGGUGUCAUGAUGAGUGCGCUCCCGACGAGGGAGAAGAGUGAUGAGGAUGAGGACGAGGAUGACGCGAUGGACGUGGAGGGGAACAGGGAGGAGGAACCCGCGAGGUCGACUUCGGAAUGUUUGAGCACGUCUCCUGAUUCAAACGACGACACCACUACGACAUCGGAUUCAUCGCAAUCUUCAGCUCUAACCGUUCCCCCCAAAACACCACAACCAACCCUCAUCCUUCAAGACCAUCCCUUCCUCAAACCCUCUCCUCCUCCACAGCCUUUUGCCUUCACACCAUCUACGCCCACAUCCAUACCCCCUCAAAUCUUUGCCAACGGGUGGAUGGGGAAUACACCAGCAACACCGAUGCGCACCAUCGACUUUGUCCCCUCUCCCUCAUCCCCUCUAUCUCAAGAUUCCUUCACGUACCGCCUCGCUAGGGCUUCACUCACAAUCGCAUAUCUCUUUCUCAGCAACGACCCGCACAUCCGCUCCAUCACAGCCCCCGAAGCUCGUCUCUUCAGCAAUCCACUCCGCGGCAAGGCAAGAGACGAGAUGCUAACGCGGCUCCGCUGGCUCCUCGGUCCCGGUCGCCCCGAGAUGUACCGAGUCGUCGACCUCCCCUACGGCCGCUACGGUCCCCACGUCUACUCGCGCGCAGAACUCAACCCCCAAACUAUAGAAGACGUCGGCUGGCCAUGGCCUUCACAGCCCGCAGGUUCACAACUUUCCGGCCUGAGCAGAUUCUUCAGCAUCAUCGGCGUAGAGAAGCAGCUCCUCGCCCUAGGCGCGAGAGUAAUCGAUCACGAGACCCUGGAACUCAACCUAACCAGUCCGCCAUUCGCCCACUGCCUCACGGAUCCCGGCGCAGAGCAACCCGCAAGCUGGAGCUUUGUCAACUGCUUCCCCUUCCCAGCCGAACAGCAGCAAGCCAGGUCCAAGUCAAAGUCCGACAUGGCUAUAGUGAGGCUUAGCGCCGGAAAGCUCGUGUCAAGUCUGGCGCUAAGGGCCGUGUGCCUCAUGCGAGGGCCGGGGUUUCCGAGGGAUGAGAUUGGGAGUGCUAUCGAGGAAGCCAUCAUCACGACAUGACAAGAUGGCAUUGGGUAGGAUAAUCAAGAGCGAGGGAUUAGACGGAAGGCGUUGGAGGAUCAAGAUAAAGGAUACUUGGGUAGAACGGAAUGACCAGGCUCAUCUCAACUAAACGGGCUUCAUGAAAGGCAACAUAUUCAACACGGCAUUUAUUUAUUAGGUGGCAGUGGAAUUAUUGAUUGAUUCCUUGGCU